CCCGCUCAGACCCCGGCUGCCCCCCGCUCCGAUCUGCCCCCUGGCCCCUUUCUGAGCCCGGUGAAGGGCAGCCGGAGAACCGGGGGCCAAGGAAGGGCAGGCAGAAGGGCAGCGGCUUCCGCAGAUGUUACUGAGCAUGCUCCGUGCCCCCUAAGUAGCCAAAGCAGAGAUUCCAGAUAACAGCCCUGUGAGUCUGUAUUCGCAAAAAGAAAAGGAGGACUUGUGGCACCUUAGAGACUAACCAAUUUAUUUGAGCAUGAGCUCACGAAAGCUUCCCCUUUUCCUUUUGCGAAAACAGAGAUUUUCACACUACGCCCCCCAGGCUUGCAAGGAGCGGGGGCUCUGCGCACUCGGGCCCCGCUGCAGCCUCCCCCUGGCCCCGCGGGGCUGGGGCGCCCUUCGCAGCCCCCGGGACCAGCCGCCCGCGGUCUGGCGCCAGGGCCGGAGGCUCAGAGCCGCACAAGCCCCGCGGGGACCGGCUGGGGCGCUUGGAGCAGCCGACCCGCCCCCCGCAGGCUCGCCCAAAGCUCGCGGGGAUGGAGGAGCCCCGCCCCCCCGCAGCCCGAAAAAAGGCGACGGAUGCACCGACCCCCCCGCAGCAAGGUCCCGCCUGCACCGACCCUCCCGCCGCCUCCCCCGGCCCGGCCAGGCCCCGGGCUCAGCCCCUGCAGCGGCUCCGCGACUCACAGGCACGCCGGGGCCCGGCGUCUGCAGGACCCACAGGAAGGGGCAGGAGCAGCCGGGAGCGGGGCGGGCUGGAGGAAGCAGGAGAACAAAGCCCGGAGAUCGGGCCCGGGGCAGGUCCGUUCCCCGCGGGGAGCCAGCCCCGGGCUCUGCCCCCGUCCGCUCCGGAGCCAGAGACUCCAGGUGCCCGAGAGCCCCCGGGGGAAGCGCUGGGGCCGGGCAGGAAAGUGACUCUCUGCCCCGGGGAGCGCCAGACGCUGCAGCCCCCGGGGGGACCGGUGACCUUCGAGGAGGUGGCUGUGUAUUUCACCAGGGAAGAGGGGACUCUGCUGGACCCCGCUCAGAGAGCCCUCUGCGGAGACAUCAUGCAGGAGAACUAUGAGAGUGUGACCUCGCUGGGCAAGAAAAUUUCAUCCAUUUGCUGCCAAGUUGAGCUGAAUGCCUUGUGUUGGAUUAAAGCAUCUUCCAGAAAGGCAUCUAGUCUUGACUCAAAGACUUCCUGUGAUGUUGAAGCUGCCACUUCCCUGGUAAUUUGUAAACCUUUGCACCAGCCUUCCUGAACCAUUCCCAGUGGCGAAUGCCAACUCCAGGGAUAGGGAAGGGGCAGAGUUAAGGUUGUGUUGCAGUUAGGACAUGUACUUUAACUCUUCAUUUCCUAGUUUUCAGAGGUUUAACUUUAGCUCCCAUCCACAUGCUGGGAGGGCAGGAGGAAGCACUGGGCCACUGUAACUCUGCAUUAAUGUAGUUUAUGGGCAUUUAAUUACUUUGAUUUUAUUCAGUAGUGGUUUGGGCUUUUUUUGCCACUGUAACUGUGUGUACCCUAAAGCUUUUGCUCUCCACGCUGUGUUGGUUAGCGGUGUGAUUUUUCACACCCCAAACUGACAGAGCUACGCUGGAAAAACUUUUAAGUGCAGACCUAGCAAAACUCUGCAUGUGGAUAUUAGGGCACUUUAAAAUACUACUCUUGACCCAAACUUGUUGGAAUCAGAGGGCAAAGCUUCCAAGAGGAAUUUCAGCAGACUGUAAGAAAAAUGCACAACACAUAUUAUGUGAAAGCUACCAGAGGUAAGGCUCAGGUGUGGUUCAGUUUCAGUGGCCACAGCACAUCCCCUUGAGCCAACCCUUUACUGUGACAGCA